AUGAGAGAGAUCCUCCACAUCCAAGGCGGCCAAUGUGGAAAUCAGAUCGGAGCCAAGUUCUGGGAAGUAAUCUGCGACGAGCACGGCAUUGACCACACCGGGCAAUACGUCGGCGACGCUCCCCUCAAGCUCGAACGUAUCGAUGUCUGCUUCAACGAAGCGAGCGGCGGAAAGUACGUCCCUCGCACCGUCCUCAUGGAUCUGGAGCCUGGCACCAUGGAUUCCCUCAGAUCUGGACCCUACGGUCAGAUUUUCCGUCCCGAUAACUUCGUCUUUGGCCAGUCCGGCGCUGGGAAUAACUGGGCGAAAGGCCACUACACGGAGGGAGCCAAGUUGAUCGAUUCCGUGUUCUCGAUGUUGUGA